AUGUCUUUAUCUAGCUCUCCUCGUUCGUCAACAAUUACAACGUUAUCAUCAAUUACUUUUCCUUUAAUUAUCGAUGCUGGUUCAUCAUCACGUACAAAACAGUAUACAUUCAAACGAAUCAAAUUUCUUUUGAAACAACAAUCAUCGACAUAUGCUGUUAUUAAACAUGAAAAAGCAAACAUAUGUUUAUGUUGCGAAGUUUUUGGUUUUCCAACUAAAAACUCAAGAAAUACUGGUGAAUUCGAGAAAAUUAAAGGUUUUGAAAGUUGUCACAUAUAUUACCGAACAUUUAUUUAUACAUCAACUACUGUAGUCGAAAUAUGCUUGCUCAUUUAUGUGUUAAUAAUAUAUUCAAUGCAAUUAGAUGAAUAA